AUAAACAUAUAGUAAUCAAUCAUAUUGUCCACAUUACAAACCAGAAAAAAUGGGUCUAUUAGAUCUGGAAAAGCACUUUGCAUUCUAUGGCGCUUAUCAUAGCAACCCAAUAAACGUUGCAAUCCAUAUCCUCUUUGUUUGGCCUCUCCUUUUCACAGCUCUUAUUCUACUUUACUUCACCCCUCCUAUUUUCUCUCCAUCCCAAACAGUUCUUAAUCUUAUACACCCUGUCUUUGUUUUCAACCUUGGCUUCAUCUUCACCAUUUUCUACGCUCUUUUCUACGCUGCUUUGGAUAUUAAAGCUGGUUCCUUUGUUGGCUUCAUCACUUUUCUUUGUUGGGUUUCUUCAAGUUUCAUCGCAAAUUCACUCGGAUUCGAACUUGCUUGGAAGGUUGUGUUGGUUGCUCAGUUGAUUGGUUGGAUUGGACAAUUUAUUGGCCAUGGUGCAUUUGAGAAACGUGCACCAGCUCUAUUGGACAACCUUGCUCAAGCUCUUUUAAUGGGUCCUUUCUUCGUAAUUCUUGAGGUCCUCCAAUCAUCCAUUGGAUAUGAACCAUAUCCUGGAUUUCAAACAAAUGUGAAGGCAAGGAUAGAAGCUAAUAUCAAAGAAUGGAAGGACAAGCAACAAAAGAAACUUUCUUAGCUUGAAAAAGUUGUUUACAAAUGUUGUUGUUCUAGACAAAUAAUAUCAUUGUUAGCAUCAGGAAUCGACUUAUAGUUGAUUCCUGAUUACCCCGUGGUUAGUUUAUGGUAUAAGUAAAAUUGGGGCAAUAUCUAGGGCUUUGGGACUUUGUUUUAAUUUAGUCCAUUUGUUUGUUGAAGGUGUAAGGGCAAGGUUGUGAAAAUCAUUAGAUUACAUAGAUUCGAAAAACGUUCA